ACCCCUCAGAAAAACCCUACUUCACAUCAAGCUCCUCCCCUUGGUUCUCUAUAGCUUUCUCUAGCCAUGGAGGAAUGCAAGGGAUCGGCAUCGGCCUCGUCGCCGUCGUUGUUGGGCUCUCGGUGGAGUCCGACCAAGGAGCAGAUUGCGAUGCUGGAGGGGUUCUACCGGCAGGGAAUGCGGACGCCGAGCGCGGAGCAGAUACAGCAGAUAACCGGCAUGCUGAGGGAGUACGGGAGUAUCGAGGGGAAGAAUGUGUUCUACUGGUUUCAGAACCACAAGGCUCGGCAGCGGCAGAAGCAGAAGGAGGAGAGCUUUGCCUACUAUAGCCGACACCUCCACCUCCCGGCACCGCAGGCACCGGCCCUCUCACCACCUCCUCCACCAACUUGCACCAAUGUUGUUCGCGGCCCAUAUUACUCUACAGUACCACAGGUUGGUGGAGUUGGUUGCCACCAACCACAGUUCCCUAGCAUUUUCUUACCCAGAGCUAUGAACAUGAAUCCAAGACCAGAGUUUCAAGUGAGCCAAGAGAGAAGUCCACAGGCAUGCAGCAACUCACCUCAUCGAGCUUACCAUUAUGAUCAUCAUGCCACUGGAACGGACCGCAGUGAUGUUGGUCAUGCCAACCUGAACGGCCCCCAUGAGACGCUGCAGCUGUUCCCGUUGCAACCCACCGGGAUCUGGGAGGAGAGAUCAUCCGGAAGUCUAAACACUGCCUCAGCAGGGUCCGAGAGCGUGGACGAUGGAGAAGAAGAAGUAGGUGGUGAGAACCAACCACCCUUCGAUUUCUUCAGUGCUCCAAAGAAGCCAUACUAAGAAAACCAAAGUGCUGGGUGUUCCAAAAAAAAGCAAAGCAUUGAACGUUUGUUGUUUGGAUCUCAUCUCCUUUACCUUUUAUGUUUUGCUUCUUCUUUGUCUUUUAGGCCAUGGUGAAUAAAUGGAUGUAUAAAGAGAUUGGAGGGAACAAGGAAUGGUUUGUUUUGUCGGCUUUGUACUCAGUUUUAGGAAAUGUGGUCAAACGCACAGGAAUGGUGAUGUUGAUCGGUUUUA